GCUGCGUUAAAGUACAGCUCAAUGACGUCAUGCGAUGCCAUCAGGCGACCAACAGUAGCGGCCAACGCGACGGCAGCUAAUAAUGCUGUUGCGGUAGAUAACUGUAGUACAGCAGGCAACGCGAAUGUUGCAAUUAGACUGCACAAAGUGACAUUACUAUUCAAUGAGGUCGAUCGCGCGGCCAAGCGGCUGGAGCAGCUCACGGAGCAGCGUCGUGAGCGCUUGCGUGAAUUGACGCGUCAGCGAGCGCUGGAGGAUGAAAUUAACGAG